CUUUCGUUCAGUGUCGGGGUGAGUGAAAACCGAAACUCGAAGUACAGACGUACGAUGGAGGACGUUCACACAUACGUCGCAAACUUCUGUGAGAGACUUGAUUGGGGAUAUUUUGGAGUUUUUGACGGACACGCAGGCAAGCAAACUGCGAGAUGGGCUGGCACCAAUUUACACAACCUACUAUACGAGAGCAUCAUGAACGACAAGUUCACAGACUUGCGGGAAAACUUGAACUCCAGUUUCCUUGAGGCGGACAAGGAGAUUGCGAAGAUGAAGGGCGUUGGAUCGAGUGGCUCGACAGCCGCUGUUGCGGUUCUGAGGUGGGAGGAGGAGGACGCUCCGUUCGAUUUCAUUCCCACCAAGAAACACAAGAGGAUUCUCUACACUGCGAACGUAGGAGACACGCGGAUCGUCAUCAGUAGGAGGGGCAGGGCGAAGCGCUUGUGCUACGAGCACAAGGGCAGCGACAAGAGCGAGAUCAAGCGCAUAUACAAGAACGGCGGGCUCGUGCUCGGCGGGCGGGUGAACGGGGUGUUGGCGGUGAGCCGAUCGCUCGGCGACAUCUACCUCAAGGAGUAUGUACUCGGCGCCCCCUACACAACGAUGACUGAGGUGAACGACGGCGACGAGUUCCUGAUCAUCGCCUGCGACGGGUUGUGGGACGUGUGCGACGACCAGGAGGCCGUCGACUUGAUCAAGAACGUCACGGACGCCAAAGCAGCCAGCGAGACUUUGUGCGACUACGCCAUCCGCAACGGCACCUGUGACAACGUCACGGUGAUGGUAGUGAUGCUU